AUGGAUGAGAAUUUGAUUAAACGGUUAGAAUCAGCAGUGGCGCGGCUUGAAAUGCUUUCCUCCGCCGGAGUCCGUUCAGCUGGGGCGGGGGAGGUCGGCGAAGAUGCAAUGGCUAUGGAUCCGUCUAUUAUCGCAUUCGACGAUCUGAUUUCGCAGUAUGUUAAUAGGGUUACGAGCGCCGGAGAGAAGAUUGGAGGACAGGUUUUGGAUAUCUCGAGGAUCAUCGAGGAGGCAUUUUUUACACAGAAGGAGCUUCUCAUUAAAAUCAAGCGAAAUCAGAAACCUGACAUGGCAGGGAUGGUGGAAUUUCUUAAGCCUUUGAAUGAUGUGAUUAAGAAAGCUACUGCAUUUACAGAAGGUAGACGACCCGACUUCUUUCACCACUUGAAGACUAGUGCUGACAGUCUUUCUGCCCUGGCAUGGAUAGCCUAUACAGGGAAAGAUUGUGGUAUGAGCAUGCCUAUUGCACAUGUGGAAGAAAGUUGGCAAAUGGCUGAAUUUUACUGCAAUAAGGUACUUGUGGAAUACAGAAAUAAAGAUGCAAAUCAUGUUGAAUGGGCAAAGGCUUUAAAGGAGCUUUAUGUACCGGGCUUGAGGGAUUAUGUGAAGAGUCACUACCCAUUGGGCCCUGUAUGGAGUGCCACAGGGACGACAGCAGCAUCGGCCCCACCAAAAGCUCCUACACGAGGACCAGGUGCCCCUGCUCCUCCACCUCCUCCACCUGCUUCACUGUUCAGCUCUGAAACUCCUCAGCCCUCAUCAUCACAUCCAAAGGAAGGAAUGGCUGCUGUUUUUCAGGAAAUUAAUUCUGGAAAGUCAGUAACUUCUGGAUUGAGAAAGGUCACAAAUGACAUGAAAACCAAGAAUCGUGCAGAUAGAACUGGUGUUGUGAGCGUUGCUGAGAAAGGAAACGGUGGUGCGCCUUCUCUCUUGAAGGCUGGACCUCCAAAAUUCGAGCUUCAAAUGGGUCGGAAAUGGGUGGUUGAGAAUCAAAUUGGACAAAAGAAUUUGCUAAUUAAAGAUUGUGAUUCAAAGCAGUCCGUUUAUAUCUUUGGUUGCAAAGAUGCAGUUGUGCAGAUCCAAGGGAAAGUGAACAACAUUACAGUAGACAAGUGCACUAAGAUGGGGCUUGUAUUCAUGGAUGUUGUGGCAGCUUGUGAGAUUGUCAAUUGCAGUGCUGUGGAGGUGCAAUGUCAGGGCUCGGCUCCAACAAUUUCAGUGGACAAUACGGCAGGUUGCCAGUUUUACUUGAGCAAAGAUUCUUUGGAGGCUUCUAUAACAACGGCAAAGUCAAGUGAAAUCAAUGUGUUGGUACCUGGCUCUGGACCUGAGAGUGACUGGGGGGAGCACUCUUUGCCACAACAGUACGUUCAUGCAUAUAAGGAUGGUCAUUUUGUGACUACUCCAGUGUCCCACUCCGGGGCCUAA